GUCCUCAUUCCAUCAAAUCCUAUCAGAAUGGUAUUGUGCGUUUCGGUUUUUGAUUGGCUAAACCACAUUGUGACAUGGUACUAUGAUGUCGACGUCCUUGUUUUACGUACGGGCUGUCUCUUCUCCACAUUAAUGGCCAUUGUAGCUAGAAGCUAACCUUUUCUUCUUCUUUUUUAAGCUACCUUUGGUUACCAAAUCAAGAAUACUAUGAUACUAUGAUGUUUGUUUAAUUUACUGAACCACAGUGAGCCAUUAUACAACUACUUUUCCCUUUUAUACGCAGAGACAGAAAAAGAACAGCCUAGAGAAACUAGGAACUGAUCUGAGGUUUUUUGAGGAUAUAUAUCGAUCAAUCUGAGGGUUUCUGUUUCUGGGUUUCUGAGGUUGUUUCUGAUCCUCUUUUUCUCCUCGGCUAUCUGCUAGAUUUGCAUUGAUCGAUCAAGUGAGAUGGUGAGAGGGAAGACGCAGAUGCGGCGAAUAGAAAACGCGACAAGCAGACAGGUGACUUUCUCGAAGAGGAGAAAUGGGCUGUUGAAGAAGGCGUUUGAGCUGUCUGUGCUUUGUGAUGUUGAGAUUGCUCUCAUCAUCUUCUCUCCCAGAGGAAAACUCCAUGAAUUUGCAAGCUCCAGUUCGCAGGAGAUUAUAGAAAAAUACCGUAAACACGUGAUGAAUGCUCGAGCCGAAAACCCUUCACCAAUGGAAGGGCAACAUAUAGAGCAAUUGCAGCAAGAAAUCGAAGUAAUGAAGCACAAAAUAGACUGUCUUGAAGCAUCCAAACGGAGACUCCUAGGGCUAGGCUUGGGCUCAUCCACCUUUGAAGAGGUAGAACUGAUAGAGCAGCACGUGCAGAGGAGUGUGAACAUCAUCCGAGCAAGAAAGAUGAAGAUCUUCAAAGACAGCAUUGAGCAAUUAGAAGAAAAGGGAAAAGUUCUAACUGCUGAAAAUGCAAUGCUUUGGGAGAAGUAUAAUGGACUUGAACCACAUAAAGUAUCAAAGGAAGAGGAUGAUGAGAGUCAUGAUUCCACUCUCUAUGUCAACGGUGGUGAUGAAAAAUCAGAUGUUGAGACUGAAUUAUUUAUUGGAUUACCACUGGAAGGUAAAGUACGUAAAGGUUUCGAUUCUAAACCUAAAUGAAAAAAUGAAUUGGAUGGCCAUACUCAUUGUAUUUUAAUUUAAACGAUUUAUUAUAUUAUUCAAACUGUAAUAUUAUAUACGUAGUACAAUAUUGUAUUCAUGCAUUAUAUUCUACUGCAAGGCAGCCGCCCUUUGCAAGGUGCAUUUAUCUAUUUCAAUUAACAAUGAUUUUUAUAA